AUGUCUUCAUCGGAGAAAAGAAGCCUGCAAAACACCGUCGUGGUGGACUCAUCAACACCGAUCGAUCUGCCGCCCUCAUACGAACACACCGUCCUGCCUAGCACUAACCCUUGGACUGACAGCCCGUCAUCACAGAGUCAAGUGCCUCAACGGACUUCGACACCUCUCCCUGUCCCCUCACAAAACCCGCUCGUGGCCCUGUCCCGGCUGAAGACAGUGUCGUUUGCAAAAUACCGGGUCCGCGACUCCAAGCUCUCCGAGGACCAGACCGUCACCACGACCACCAACCCGGAAUUGACAUCCAGUUCGACUUCGUCAUCGACCUCACGACAGCAGCAAAGGACACUCCUCAAGUUCAUCCGCGAGCAGGCAUGUCUGCCGCCGAAGCCCAUCAUGGUGAUCCGAGGGACGCACGGGAAUGGCAUUACCGUGGUGGAUUUCGAUCUAAAGCUGAACUUGACGACCAUGUUGGACUUGGACUGGGGAGGAACCGAGAGCGGCGGGGGCCGGGUCAAAGUUAAGCGGUACCAGCAUGGCUCGUCGAAUGGGUCGCCAAAGCAGAUGACGAGGGAGGAGAUGAACAUGUCUCCCUUGGAAUUGUGGACGAAGAAGUUUUGUGAGGACAAGGCUGAGAACCGAAGCUUCGCGCUGCACCGCUCGACACCAAACCUCCCGAUCGCUCUGCUCGAGGGCUACGCCCGGAAUCUCCUAGCCACAGUCAAGUACCGGGGCAAACUACACGUGGAGUUCCCAAUCCAGUACUCAGACGUGGUGAUCCAGCGCAAAUCGAGCAACUGGUUCACCAACAUGCUCCGGCUGUAUCCGACUAAGAAGUACGAGGUCGUCGAGGUGGAGUGGCCCGUCAUCGGUACCGUCGCGGACGACCACGGCGGCGGCCAAGGAGACUCGGAUGAAACAGCUGCAGCAAGAGGGUCGAACGCUCCGUCAUCGUCGCCACCACCGUCCUCUAGACCGGCAUACCAGCGCACAGGGACCGGAGGUGGUACGACAGCCGCAGAACCCACCUCUUCAGCAUCCUCCACCUCAUCCUCGUCCUCACCUCACCCAACCGGCAGCGGACCCGGAGAAGGCAGCGACCGGACGGGCCUCCCGUCGCUCGUCGCGCAGGAAUGGUGGCGGGAGUGGCAGUUCGCGAUCCGGAACGCCGUGCUGUCGGGCCGCAAGGGUUGGGUCACGGUGGAAGACUGGAUGGAGGCCAAGAUGGGGAUGAGGGAGAAGGAGAGGGCGAGGGAGUGGGGAGUUGAUCACGAAUAA